UACAUUUCAGGGAGAAGAAUCUCCCUCACCCAGGGUCUUUAGAUUUUUGGCUGUUAACAAAGAUGUUCUAUCCAAAUCAAGGCUUUAACCAACUCUCCCUGUCCUCAGAACUGAGCUGUAAUGAAGCAGUGAGAACUUUGAAGUUGUGGAAGGAGAGUGUGCGAAUGGGUGUUCCCUAGCUCAAAAGUGAGUCCUUGGAAAAGCCACUGCAGAACCUGGUCAGUCUGGGUAGAGGUAGUUAGCAAGUAAGCUAUGGCAUUUCCCAGUGAUAUCACCGGUGGUGUCUUCCCUCGAAAUUCUCUUGUAUCCAGGAGACACUAGAAUGUUCUGUGAUGUCACCAGUGUUGUGGUGACACCAACUGCCUGAGCCAUUUCCCUUCAUUUCCUAAUGGGUUCCCGAGGAGGCAUGUUCUCCAGGAUCCUCAGUCUCUUUCGGAGGGACAAUCAUAUCUAUGCAGAGACAAGACCAAGGCAGAGGGAGGCCAGCCUUCUAUCACGUUGGAGAACAAGACGAAUGGAAAGGUCCUUGAGGAGGUCAAAGUCUGAUCAGAAAGCAUCAUCCCAACCCUCCACGACACCUGUUGAGGAGGAGAGAAUGAAGCGUUUGGAGAACCUCAAAAUUGCUCUCCACAAGGUGCAGAAGGAGAGAGAUGAACUCAGGAGAAUCCUGGCCGAUUACCCUGGAAAGAAUUUAAAUGACAGGAACAAGUUUGAGUCCGAGAUGCUCAUGAUGCAGCACGAGGAAGUGAUGACCGACAUGAAGAAAAUGAGCGAGCAGAUCAAUACCGCUUUGGUCAAAUGUAAAAACCUUACACUGGAAAAUGACUGGUACUGCCGCAGCUUCUGCCCCCUCCUAACUGAGUGUUUUGAGCUGAAGAACAAUGCCCAGAGAGCAUGGAAUGAGUACAAAGGGCUUCUAAGGGAUCAGAUUGCACUGGAAGAAUCCAUUAAGGAAACAACAAGGUUCUGUGGGGAAGCCAGUAUGAAAAUCCGUGUAACAAGCAGCCUCAGGUCUGAACACUCCAGCAGACGCUUGCCCAUGGCCCAGACCAGGACUACAGCUCUCAGAGACAGACCUGUCCACCAGGAGCACUGAGGGUGCAAAGAUUGAUAACACCUCCCGCAUCUCAGUCCUUGUAACCGUUCCAAUCUUGGGCUGAAUUUGAAAGACCUUGAGAUGUGGCAUGGAACACGCCUCACGUUUAACCCUUUGACGACUUGUCCAUCAACAACCAACCACCCUGAAUGAGGCGUCUACAUUCCUCUUGAAGAGAUUUUACCAUCUUACCUGCCGUUCUGCUGUGUUUGCAAGGCCAGCAACAGGCUGGAGUUAUAUGUUGAAAAAUCAGCAGGAAUUGAAUGCUGACUAAUUUACUUGUUCUAUUUGGUUUUUAGUUUGAAGUUUGGUUGUUUUAUGCAUUUGGUUUUAUUUGUUUAAGUUUGAAGUUUUGUUAUUCAUUUGUUAACUUUAGUGUACUUAAUUAAUAUUAAUUAAUUAAUAUUCCUAAGGCUAUAUACAUUGAACUCAUUGACUCCCCAAUUUAAAAUGUUCUUGAAUAAAUUAAUGUUUGUCUAUAAAUAAAAAUGUGACCUUUAACCCUUCACUCACAA